AUGAUUCUUGAUGAAUCGAAGAUUCAAGAAGGUGUUGAAAGGAAAAUGAAGGAACUGUUGGACUCCGCCACGGUCUCUCAACUAAACCCCAACACUCCUAUACAACGCUAUUAUAGAAGUAUAUUAGAAGUUCAUAAAGCCGCAUUAGAUUCACUCAAAGUUGGUGAACUCAAGAAGGCUUUCGUUCUAUUAGUUAGGUUUUGCAGUUUGGUUGUUGAAAAACUUCCUAAGCAUCCACAAAACGCAUCUUUUCGAGGUGAAGAGAAAGGGCUAGUUGAUGAACUUCUCAAGUCAUCAUUAUCAAAAGCAGAAGAAAUUAAAACUCUGGUGAAACAAAACUUAUACAGCGAAGUCAGGAGAGAAGAGAAUGAUAGAAUUGCAAAUGAGAGUAUUCCAUCUCAAGAACAUGAAUUGGAUUUAACCAAUUGUUCUUUACCUGUCAAUCCGACCGCUCCUGUAAUAACUACUCAAGAGACUUCUGAAGCCUGGAAAAAUCAGUCAGAGAAUCACUAUUCUUUAACUAUAGCAUCAGAUAUCAUAGACAAAUUUACGGCGGCAUCCUAUGGUAAUACUCAACGAAACGUAGAAACUUGUGGCGUCUUGUGCGGGAAAAAGAUGAACUCUAACUACCUAAUAACUCAUGUUAUACUUCCACCGCAAGUUGGUACAUCGGACAGUUGUUGCGCUGAAGACGAAAUGGGGUUGUUCAAUAUACAAAAAGAGAAUAAUCUUCUAACGUUGGGCUGGAUUCAUACUCAUCCAACUCAGACAGCCUUCCUUUCUUCCGUAGAUUUACAUACACACUAUGGAUAUCAAUCAUCUAUGGACUCAGCUAUUGCUAUUGUGGUCGCACCUACUCAUCAAAAUGGUAUUUUUUCUCUGACUCCGGAAGGAAUGAAAAUUGUUGGAGAAUGUGCUGAGAGAGGGUUUCAUGUCCACUCAGAAGAAUUGGGACCUCUCUUUGUGGAAGCACAACAUGUCAAUUAUUCAAAUGAGCAUAAUACAGAAAUUUGUGACUUACGAUACCAGUUAGUUUAUUAUAACUCAUAUCCUGAUAUAGCUGUGCAGAGGUUCUCACCUCAAGAGCUCCCUUCAUACACAUGUCCUUUUGUAAACAAAAAAUCACGGUUAAUACCUUCGCCCGUUUCUAAUAAUGCAACGGAAAACCGUAUUCUUGUGCUAUUAGAAAGUUCGUCUUCUAAAAAUGGAAAGCUCAUACUUCAACUGCUCAAUUCUAAAAGAGUACAGUACAAGGUAGAAUUGUUCGGGAAGAACAUCCCUGCUCUCACAACAGCACUGCAUGGACGGUUUUCCCUCGUAAUCAUAGAAAAUUAUUAUAAAUAUCUUAAUCUUCCAAAAUGGAACAGACAAAUUGUAGAUAAGUAUUGUUCAGAGUAUCAUGUCCCUAUUGUUGCUUUUAUAUCAUCGAGGACGAAUGAUACUUUUGAAAGAGCUAGAAUAAAAGGAUCUAGAGUGUAUUUAAGGCAGAAUCAAAAAAUAUUCUCGGUACGUGUGGAACAAUCAAAAAUACAUCGUGUUUUACGAAUCGGUGCAACGAGAUAUGCAGAAACGGCUAAGAACUGGGUUUUAUUCGAAAAGUCAGACAAUCUUGAAAUAGUUGUCUCUGCCACUGAUUCAAAAAACAGGAGUUUAGCAGCCGUAAUCUGGGAAAAAAACGCUGAUGACGGAGUGGAACGAGUACUCUUCGGACAUAACUUGACUGAUUGGGUUAUAAAGACUACAUUUCACGACGUUCUUUGGCAUUUCUCUGCCUUCGACAGCAGGUCCAGCUUAACUCGUUUUGUUCAGGUUGAUAUCGAUGAUAUUUUUGUGGGAGCAAGAGGCACAAGGAUGGUUGAGGAUGAUGUGAAAAAGCUCGUACAGAGUCAAGAAAUACUGCGGAAGCAUAUUCACAACUUCACCUAUACUCUGGGCUUUUCUGGAAGUUAUUAUAAAAACGGUGAUGAUCUGGAAGAUAGAGGGGAUGAACUUCUCAUAAAGUUAGCAAAACAUUUCAUAUGGUUCCCUCACAUGUGGAGACAUAAUCAUGCUCAUGAAUACAAUGGAUCCUACCUUUACUCCACAAUGGUUUUGAACAAACUGUUCGCUGAGGAUAUGAGGUUGCCUGUUCUCUUUCCGUACGCUAUAGCACCUCAACAUGAUGGAAUCUAUCCUGUGCACACUGAACUUUUCGAUGCCUGGCGUCAAGUUUGGAACGUUGAGGUUACUGCGACGGAAGAGUACCCUCAUUUCAAACCCGCAUCUGAUAGAAGAGGAUUCAUUCAUAGAAAUAUUUCAGUACUGCCCAGGCAAACUUGCGGUCUUUAUACUCACACACAGUUUUUCCACAGCUAUCCUGAUGGGUUCAGAAAACUCGUUAAUCUCAUCGAAGGGGGAGAGUUAUACUCGACGGUUCUUCUGAAUGAUAUCUCAAUUUUUAUGACACACCAGCAAAACUUUGCUCAUGAUAGACUAGCCAUAUAUACUUUCCACAAUCUUGUUUUGUUCAUCGAAUGCUGGACUAACUUGAAUCUCCGUUGGCAGGAUCCUAUCACUUCCGCUCGAACAUAUUUUGAGCUCCAUCCGAACGAAAAGACUCCUAUAUGGAAUAAUCCAUGUACUGACUUGAGGCAUAGAAGUAUUAUCCCUCCGUCGUUAAACUGCUCGAAUAUCACUCUACCUAACGUUGUUAUCGUUGGGCCACAAAAAACAGGUUCCACUGCUCUAAGCUCAUUCUUGACUCUGCACCCAAACGUUUCAACGAACCCUGUAAUACCAGACUCUUUUGAAGAGCUUCAAUUUUUCGGAGGUGUAAAUUACAAUGAAGGGAUCCAAUGGUAUAUCAAUAAGUUCACCCCAGCGAAAGUUGUUUUUGAGAAAAGCGCAACUUACUUUGAUAAUCCUGAAGCUGCAAAACAGCUCUCAUCUCUCCUACCAGAUGCCAAAGUUGUUGUAAUUCUGUAUAAUCCUACUCUAAGAGCAUAUUCCUGGUAUCAGCAUAUGAUAGCGCACAAUGAUUCUGCAACUCUUUCUGCUGGAAGUCUUGAAAACAUUCUUGAUGGUCAGACCAUACUGUUACGGAAAAUACGUCAAAGAUAUAUCUCGGGUGGCAGGUACACACAUCACUUGGAUCGCUGGUUAGAAUACUUCCCAUUGUCGCAGCUCUUAUUGGUUGAUGGAGAAGAGCUGAGAGAUCAUCCCGUGAAAGUGGUCGAGGAACUUUCGACAACUUUAGGUUUGCCGAGUUUCGAAUACAACAAAAAAAUCCGAUUUAGUCCUUCCAAAAAGUUCUUCUGUAGAAUCACUGAAGGAAAAACAAAAUGCUUAGGUGGAAGUAAAGGACGUUCCUAUGAACCCAUCAACAGCUCAUUAGAAAAUAAGCUCAACAUGUUAUUUAAACCAGAUAAUCUUUCUCUUCAACGCUUUCUAACAAAAAAUAAACUACCAGUACCUCAGUGGUUAUCUCAAGUUUUAGAUGAACCAUAA